AUGGCAGGAGGAGCAUAUGUCUGUCAAGGUCCACCUUGGCAUCGAUUUGCUCUGAAACUUGCGUGUACUGGGGUUAUUCUUCUUGCUUUUACUGUAAUUGGGUUGAGUGCUACAGUGAUAUUCUUAAGACAAAAAUCAUCAAUAGAAAAAAGCAGUGUGGAUGUUCAAGAGAAAAGAAAUGAAACAACAGAGAGACCAAUUCCGGUAAAGUGCCCAAUGCAUUGGCAUCCACUCCAAGAGAAAUGCUUGUUUUUUUCUCGUGAUAUUAACACUUGGCAUGACGGUACAGCUGACUGUUCCACACAAGAAUCUAGUUUGCUGCUAAUUCAAGAUCAGGAAGAAUUGAAACUCAUACAAAACCUGAUAGAUACUGAGGCAAUUCUAUAUGGGAUUGGAUUAAAUUUUACGUUACCACAGAAGAAAUGGAAAUGGAUAAAUGGUUCUUUUCUAAAUUCUAAUAUAUUACAAAUCACUGGUGAUGCUAAAGAAGACAGCUGUGCUUACAUCUCACAGAAAUCAUUUGUUUCUGAGGACUGUAACACAGACAAUAGAUGGAUCUGCCAAAAAUACCUAAAACCCCUCGGAAAUUAGGAAUGUCCUGACUCGCGACUAUGCACCCCUCUCCAUUUGUUUACUUUCCAUUACUUGUUCUGUAAUUUUAACUAUCUAUACUGUUAAAGUGGCCUAAUGUACAGUUAGUGUCACAAAGUGAACAAAUACUGAGAAUUCUAAAACUGUUGUGAAUCUUACAGAAGUUCACAUCU